AUGGACCAACUUGUUUCUGAUCGUCAGGUAGUAUUCCUCUCGGUUGCUUCGUUUGCCGGCGUCUACUGUGUUCUAUCGUUGCUCACCCCUGCAAACUCCCAAGUUCCCCUAUUGGCGGCGGUGUUUGUGGCCUCCAACAUGUUUUCCCGCUCUCAAGCUUUUCGUCGCUCGGUGAUGGCCCUCCAACAGUGGUACCAGCGGAUACCACGCCGUGGCUUCCAUUUUGUGGGUUCUGGCGAUCCGGGCCGCUUCUUCAGUGGCGAAGCUUCGCCCACAGCUGAUUCCGCCUUGCUGGACUCGUCCAAAUCUGAGCUUGUCAGUGCUCUCAGGUCCUUAGACGCUUACCAAGUCAAUUCCAAAAAUUACAACGAACGGAGACGUAAGCUCUUCAAAAUGAUGCUGUGGAGACAGCAGAAGCUCUGUGAGGAAGUGGGAUACUCGAAAAAACUCAAGAAAAUUGAUGCCCACAUUACAAAAAACCAGGCGGUGUUCAAUCAAAUCAUCGAAGUCACAAAGGCUCGCUACGGCUUCUCCUACAGGGACUUUGGCGUUCAGAGGGCACCAACACAGAAUACCUCAUCAUCGAAUUACCGUGUCGUGGAGGCAUUGGGCCAUUUUGUUCGUGACUGGUCGGCUGUUGGUGCCACGGAGAUCAAUCCCAUGCUUGACUACAUAAGAGACCAUUUGGACAAGAUAGUGCCGGCUGAAGAGGCACAAGACACAUGCGUGGUGCUUCCGGGAUCUGGGUUGGGCCGUGUGGCGCACGAGGUAGCGCUUCAUCGUGACUAUGGCGCCGUAUAUGCCGUUGAAUUCUCUGGACUUAUGCAUGCAUGCCAUCGGUUUCUCUACGAGAAGCUGAAAGGUCCCGACGACACUGUCUACAGCGAAACACACACGUUGUCGCCAUAUAUUCACACAUGCUCCAACUUUACCAAGACCGAGUCGCAGUUCAGACUGGUGGAAAUACCGAAUGGGGUACAGAAGCCAGAAAACCUCCAUGUUAUUCUUGACGACUUUCGCUAUUUCUCUAUCCCAGAAGAUCGCAAAUUUAAAAACGUGGUGGUGGUCUCCGUAUUUUUCAUGGACACAGCAGAGAAUCUUAUCGACUACAUAGACGUGAUCAACCAGCUCACCACUCCACUGACCAGGUCAUCAGUCAAAAAUGGCUACUGGAUCAAUGUGGGCCCGCUCAAGUAUGGCACGGCAGCACAGGUGGAGCUCAACGCUUCAGAGUUUGCUCAGGUCCGCAAGAAGAUUGGCUGGAACGAUCUUAACACUUUGAAUACUUUGGAGGAGCCAUCUUCCAAGUAUUGUCACGACGGAGUUCUAGGCUACAUCACCGACAAAGAGAGUUUAUGGCAGGGCUACUACGGACUUUCCAUGUGGACAAGUGCUCAGAAAGAGAACCAAAGAACAUGUAAAUAG